CGAGGUGGUGAUGUCUUCCCCUAGACUGGGUGACCAUGGCCUGAGGCAGAUCCUGUCUGACGUGGUAGAGGAGGUGAAACAUUCCAUCAAAAAGGAAAUCAAUGGGGCAGAGCUCCUACACAGCCUCCUCAACACCCCCUGGCUCAAGUCUCUGCUCAAAGUGUAUGAGCGUCUGCAGCAGCACCAGCGAGAGCCUCCUGCUCCCUUCCUACCAUACACAACACAGCUCAUCCAACAGAUUCUGGCUGACAUGAGAACAGUUCCGGACCCUUCUGCUGAGGCCAGGGAACUUUACAGUCUCCUCAGGGGACCACACUUCCAGGCUCUGAUAUCAGCCCAUGAUACGGUGGCCCAGAAGGACUAUGACCCUGUGCUGCCUCCUAUCCCUGACAACCUCCCUGACGAUGAGGAGGCCAUGAGGAUAGUCUGUCUGGUGAAGAACAAGCAGCAGCUGAGGAGCUCAGGAGGGGGGAUCCGCAGUCGCUGGGACAGCCUGAGUGAGAUGACCCGCCGAAGGCUGAUCCACGGUGGGGCCAGGGGCGGUGGAGGGCCCCCCGGCAUGGUGUGGGGGGCUCUGGGGGCCGAAGUGCCCGGGGAGCAACCAGUCAUGCCCAGCACAAGGGAGAGUCAGCUACCCACCAGCUGA